AUGAGUGAUUUCAUACAAUUUGACUUUUUUUUUGAAGAACUUAAAAAUUUGGGUUUUUUUCAAGGAAUUAAAAAAUUUGGGUUGACCAAAAAUUUAGAAAGAUGGAUGUAUGCUUGGAGAAUUUGUGACUUUACAAGAGAUCUCGUCGAUUGGAAUACUUUUGCACAAGCGGCUCUACUAAAUGCGGAUGCAGAGCUAGCACUUCGAAUAUUUCGACAUAUUGGCGAUGUCUCGAUGGGAUUAGCGCUAGAAGCUAUAGUAGGUAUAGAGGAAAAGACGCUAUUGGCUGCACAUGUGGCUAUGCUUCUGGGAAGAUACGAUCAAGCUGAACAAUUGUUCCUGAAAAGUUCGGAGCCAAAAGAAGCGCUCUCGUCAUUAUUCUUCUCCUCAACAUUCGAUCUCCAUAAAUUAUCGCCGUUUUCGAUGCGUCGAGAUCUUCUGGAUUGGUCGAAAGCGCUAGCGUUAGCUGAGCAACUGGCUCCUGCAGAAAUACCGUACAUAUCGCGAGAAUAUGCCCAACAGUUGGAGUUUAUGGGUGACUAUUCAACUGCUCUUGCACACUAUGAAAAUGGGAUCAUUGAGUAUCCUGAGGAGGAGACGGAACAGAUUCUUGAACACAACGAAAUAUGUCGAUCGGGGUUGGCACGAAUGAGCAUACGAACUGGAGAUAUAAGAAAAGGCAUCCAGUUGGCCCGUGAUCUUCACGGUCGAGUAGUAAAGCGGGAUUGUGCUAUUAUAUUGGAGCACUUGAGGCAAUAUGGUGAAGCUGCCGAUCUGUACGAACUUGGCCAGUUCUACGACCGAGCUGCAGCUGUUUGCCUGAAAGCAAAAGCAUGGGGAAAAGUUGGUGAAUUGCUCCCGAAAGUUCGAUCUCCGAAAAUCCAUGCACAGUACGGGAAGGUCAUGGAAGCGGAGAAGCGAUACAAAGAAGCGGCUGUGGCUUAUCGUAAUGCUCGAGACUACGAUAACCUUGUCCGAAUGCUUUUGGAUCAUCUAAACAUGGCUGAAGAGGCGGUAAAAGUGGUUCGUGAGAGUCGCAGUAUCGAAGGAGCAAAACUUGUUGCCAAAUUCUUCUCUCAAAUUGGUGAUCAUGCUUCUGCUAUUCGUUUCCUUGUGCUGAGCAAUUGUCAGCAGGAAGCAUUCCAACUUGCUGAAGCUACCGAUCACAUUGCUGAAUAUGCAGAUUCGAUUGAAGCCGACGGAGCUAGCCAAGAACAACUCGCCUUCCUUGCUGAGUACUUCGCGAAUGCCGGCGAUUCACACAACGCUGGUCGUUUCUAUCUCCGUGCUGGACACUAUCGAGCGGCACUUGAAUACUUAAUGGCAUGUGGUGAAAAUCACGAGUCGCUUGUACUUGCCAUUGAAGCUGUGGCUGCAGCGUCAGAUAAUAAAUUGACGACCAGGAUGACCGAGUACCUUAUGGGUGAGGUAGAUGGGAUGCCAAAGGAUGCGAAAUACCUCUUCCGAUUAUAUGUGGCACUUGGGAUGACCAAAGAAGCGGCUACAACAGCUGUGGUCAUUGCACGUGAAGAACAAGAUCAUGGUUCAUAUACUGUGGCAAGAAAUGUGCUCCUAGCUAUGUAUCAGGAACUCGUUGCGAAAAGUAUUAGAGUCCCGAAUGAGAUGCGAAACAGCCUAAUGAUCAUCCACUCAUAUUUAAUUGUUAAGGGCCUACUGCGACGUAAUGAAUCAUUGAAAGCAGCAAGAAUGUUGAUACGAGUGAUGACCAAUAUUAGCAGGUUUCCUGCUCAUGUAGUCCCCAUCUUGACGUCGACGGUGGUGGUAUGCUCCAAAGCUGGUCUAAAAGCUGCAGCUCAUCGUGCUGCUGUCACCCUAAUGCUACCAGAGUAUCGUCAAAAAAUUGAUGCUAAAUAUAAGAAAAAGAUUGAACUAUUUGUUAGGCGUAAUGAUAAAACGGAUGAUCCGGAAGAAUUACAUCUGCCGUGCCCUCAUUGUUCCUUUCCAGUACCGGAAACAGAACUGGCUUGUGACAAUUGCAAGUCGACUAUACCUUACUGUAUAGUAACGGGUCGUCAUAUUAUUGACUCGGAUUUCGCACAGUGUCCAUCCUGUAACUUUCCUGGUUACUAUACUGAGUUAAAGAAAUUACUUGCCCUUAACGAAAUGUGCCCAAUGUGUUCGUCACCGUUGAAUGAUACAAUACCAGGCGAUGCAUCAGCGUAUCUCGACAAAGACAAAAUGAAUCAUGAACAGAUGUCUAUAAAGUCUUCAUGA